UACAACUAUGUGCGGGAGAAAAUGAGAUACAGUCUUCAGGAAUAGUUAAGUAUCCAAGGUUCUUAGAGGGCGCUUUGAAAUGCGGGAUUCCCCUACUCGUGGCGGUAAGUCCCGAUCACCUGGCUGGCUGCCGUCAAACGUCAACGAUGUGCACACUGCGGUCGGUGUUGACGAUUUUCGUUGUUGGUGUCAUUGCUUUCCUCAUGCAGCAUUAUGAAGUCCAUCUGUCAUUUAAGAAGGUAUUUGACAGAAGAUAUUGUCUCUGGAACGAUAAGACUGGAGAAACCAGAAGACCUCCCUAUGAUCUGGCUGUAGGAAUCCUGUCAUCAAGGGAUCACUUUGAGGCCCGUGCAGCCAUCCGAGACACAUGGCUGAAGGAACUGAAUACCAACAGAAGGGGGCGUGGCUGGUUUGUGAUUGGAGACACAGAUUGUGACCUUCACCCAGACAACAGAGAAGACCAGUACUGCUGUAAGGAAUGGAAAGUGGCUGCUCCAGUGAAAAGUGAGGAUGUCCAGGUUGUUACCACAGAAAAAGUGUCUGUAAAUGUACAGCAGUCGAGGAUGGACAGAAAACCUGUUCAGGUGUUACAUUUCAAGGUAAUGCAUCCGGUGAUGGUCAGUCGGAUCGGACUGUUAGAUGGAGUUUUGGUAAACAACUCGGCCAUCCAAGUGUCACUGCACGACCGCUCCACAGAGGAAGUGUUGACUACGGCCACGUUUAGUGGAACAGACCCAGGGAUACCCAGGGGACGGUUUCAGUUCCAGCCGGUCGAUCCAGUAAAGCUACCCAAAGGGUUCGAGGGCUACCUGAAUGUGGAUCUGGAUAGUGACCAAGUUGUUGUCCUGUAUGACAAGCUACCAUCUUUGACCUUUACCACAGUUGUCAGCAAUGUGACUGGUGUACUCAAGCUACAGGAUCUGGCCAGUAGCAGUGUGGAGCUAGUCGCAGGACAGAAACCGCAGCCUGUACAUCUGAUGUCCGUGAUGCUGACCGUUCAAGGAAUGGACUCUUUGAAGGAUCACCUCCCUGCACAACAAAAAAUGAACAGGUUCUGGAAGAAGACGCGAGCCUCAAUGGAUUCUAAACUUAGACAGGAGUCGGAGAAAUAUGGAGAUAUAUUGUUUGUGAAUGUCACAGAUGUCUACAGAAAUCUACCAACUAAACUUCUACUGUUUCAUCAGUGGCUUUACAACCAUUUCAAUGCCAGCAAUGUUCUGAAAACAGAUGACGACUGUUUCGUUAAUAUUGGGAGUGUAUUGUCAUAUCUAGAUCAGAUAAAAAUAAAGGACAGAGAAACCUGGUGGGGCAGUUUCCGAGAUCAGUGGUUGGUGGAACAGUGGGGGAAGUGGAGGGAACUAACCUACACUGCAGAUGUGUACCCCAGGUUUGCCUGUGGGGUUGGCAAUUUGGUGUCCAGGGGCAUUCAUACCUGGUUAGGACAAAAUGGCAAUUAUUUAAAAGCAUACCAGGGAGAAGACGUGUCAAUGGGAGUAUGGAUGUCAGCGACCACACUGAGCUAUAUAAAGGAUGAUCGUUGGAAAUGUGAAAAAUACUGCUCCCCAGAUGCUCUGGCAAUACCUGAACUGUCACCACAGGAAGUAAGGACCAUGUGGACUUACAUGGAGACAUGUGGUGACCCCUGUGGGUGUGGAGCCGGAGGGUAGACGACUCUGUCUAACAAUCUAAUAAUGAUGAUUAUAUGACCUUGACAGUCAGUCAGGUCCACCUCAGACCACAACAUUCAGCUAGUCUCACGUGACAUUGAGAAAUGGUCAGUUAUAUGUGACCUUGACAUUCAGUUAGUCUCACGUGACAUUGAAAAUUGAUCAGUUAUAUGUGACCUUGACAUUCAGCUAGUCUCACGUGACAUUGAAAAUUGAUCAGUUAUAUGUGACCUUGACAUUCAGCUAGUCUCACGUGACAUUGAGAAUUGGUCAGUUAUAUGUGACCUGGACAUUCAGCUCGUCUCACGUGACAUUGAAAAUUGAUCAGUUAUAUGUGACCUUGACAUUCAGCUAGUCUCACGUGCCAUUGAGAAAUGGUCAGUUAUAUGUGACCUUGACAUUCAGUUAGUUUCACGUGACAUUGAAAAUUGAUCAGUUAUAUGUGACCUUAACAUUCAGCUAGUCUCACGUGACAUUGAGAAUUGGUCAGUUAUAUGUGACCUGGACAUUCAGCUCGUCUCACGUGACAUUGAAAAUUGAUCAGUUAUAUUUGACCUUGACAUUCAGCUAGUCUCACGUGACAUUGAGAAAUGGUCAGUUAUGUGAUCUUGACAUUCAGCUAGUCUCACGUGACAUUGAAAAUUGAUCAGUUAUAUGUGACCUUGACAUUCAGUUAGUCUCACGCGACAUUGAGAGUUGGUCAGUUAUAUGUGACCUUGAAAUACAGUCAGCAACACAUGGCACGUACAUUAAGCCAGAUGUUCAGUGGUAAAUCUCAAAACUGGUGACAUGAAAGGUCAGAUCAAGAGUACACAGUAUACAAGUAGGCCGCAUCAAGAUGGCAACCGUUCAGUAUGAUUUAUGACUUUCAUUUAUGGAUUUUGUUGAGUUCAGUAAUGGUAAACUGAGAAAAGUUAGAAGCUGCAAUAAAUAAACGUUCUGU